ACCCCCUGGUAGCCCCCUUGCCCCUCAGGAUGGCCACGCUGAGUGUGAAGCCCGGGCAGCGUUUCAGCGUGCCCGACUGGCACACCAACUCCCGCUUCAUCUCCGCUGAUGCCGAACGCCAGCGCUCUGCUUCCCACCAGGUCCGGCAGGAAGCCCGAGCUCUCCGCAACGAAACCAACAACCAGGCAAAGUGGGAUGAGCACGACACCCGAACCCGCCUGUCUGAACGUAUCAGCAGUGUGAACAGAUGGAAGGAGACCCUGGACAAAUGCAUUGCAGACGUAGAUGCAGAAAUGGAAGCCUUAGGCAAAGUGAAGGAAGAAGCAGAACGUGCCCUCCAGGCCAAGAACUUGGCUCUGGAUGUUUCCAUCGAGUGCCUGACGCUCCGCGAGAGCCGCCGUGCCAUUGAUGUGGUGCAGGACCCUGUGGAGGAGGAGCUGCACAAGGAGGUGAAGGUGAUAGAGAAAGCCAAGAGAGACCUGCAGCACAAAGUGCAUGAAGCCUUCGACCAGCUCUGCCACCUACAAGAAGCUCGCCAGCAGCUCAGCCUUGACCACCGGUGCAAGACAGAAACCUUGGAAAUAGAUCGUGGGUGCUUAUCCCUCGAUGUGAACUGUCCCAACAUCUCCUUCAAGGUCAACCCAACACGGAUCCCAGUUGGAUCAACUACACUUGAUGAGUGGGAACAGAACAGCCGGUCCAACAAGGAGCAUGCUGAGGCAGAGAUGAAAGCCUCCACUGGGCUCCGAGAAGCAACGAUGCUUACCAUUGCCCAGACCAACAACGAGCUGGAGGCUCAGCGUGUGGCCACGGAGUUCGCCUUGCGCAAGAGGAUCAGAGACAUGGAAAGAGCCUAUGAUGAGCUCCAGUGGCAGGAGCAGAAUACUUUGGAAGAAAUUGCUGAGGUGGAGGAGGACAUCCGGUGCUUGGAGGAAGAUCUUCGAAGGAAAAUGCAAGACCUGAAAGUGGCACACACCCGCCUGGAGACCAGAACCUAUCGGCCUGGGAUGGAUCUGUGCCGGGACCAGGUCCAGUAUGGGCUGACAGAUGAGGUCCAUCAGCUGGAGGGAAGCAUCCGGGCACUCAGGCUGAAGCUUGCAGAGGCACAGGAUGCUUGGAAUGCUCUUCACAGACAACUUCACCGCAUUCAGACAGAUAUUGGUUACAAAGUCAAUUCCCUCUCGCUGGACAAGAAGUGCAUGGACUGCCGGAGGAAGCUCCUGGUCCCUGCUGAGAAAUAUACCCCAGAAUUUGACACUUUCAACCGGACCACGAACCGUGCACCCUCCCCACGGGAGAAGGGGCAGGCGGAGCUGGCUUAGCGUGCGAGAGCCUUGUGCAAGGAGGAGAAAGCUGCCAGUGACUCAGUUCCGUAGCAGGGAAAGCAAACAUCUGUGUUGUGUUAGGAUAAUGGGAUUCUCUUCCCUCUUCCGAGUUUGUUGUAUAACUGUCUGCCCCUUUCCACGAUGUUUUUAGG